AUGCCCCGCUUUGACAAGUCCAAGCCCAUCCGCGUCGUCGUCGUCGGCGGCGGCAUCAGCGGUAUCGCGACGGGUAUCCGCCUGCGCCAGGAGCUGGAAGAUAAGGUCGCCUUGACCAUCAUCGAGAAGAAGUCGUCGCCCGGCGGCACAUGGCGUGACUCGACCUGGCCCGGGUGCAGCGUCGACGUCCCGAUCCACCUGUACCAGCUGUUCUCUGACCUCAAGCCUGACUGGAACGAGCUGUUCGCGUCCCAGCCCGAAGUGCUGGCGUACUGGCUCGGCCUGGUCAAGAAGCAUGAGCUCACCGACGCGUUCCUCUUCAACUCCGAGUUCCUGGGCUCGAGCUGGUCCGAGACGACGCAGACGCACACCAUCCUCGUGGCGAGCAACACCGGCAACAAGCUCAAGCUCGAGGCCGAGGUGCUCGUGUCUGCCGCUGGGCCGCUAGCCAAGCCCCGCAUCCCCGCCUUCCCAGGCGUGGAGAGCUUCGCAGGCACCUACUUCCACAGCCUCGAGUGGGAGGAGAGCGUGCGCACCAAGAACAUCACCUUUGAGGGCAAGCGCAUCGCCGUGGUGGGCAACGGGUCCUCGGGGGUCCAGUUCAUCCCCGGCCUCUCCGAGCUCCCCGGCACGACAGUGACGCAGUACAUCCGUUCCGGGGGCUACUUCAUCCCCAAGGAGCAGUACGCGUACACCGCGUUCGACAAGUGGGUGUACCGCUGGGUGCCGUUCGCCGAGCGCAUCUCACGCCUGUACUACCUCUACCUGCACGACGUCGAGUGGAGCGUCGACACGCUCGGCAAGACGACGCAGGCGAAGCGCGACAGGCAGACCAAGCUGCUGCUGGCGUACCUCAAGGAGAAGGCGCCGGCAGAGUACUACGAGGUGCUUAAGCCGAAGUAUCCGCUAGGCGUCAAGCGCAUCGCGCUCGACUACGGCUGGCUCGACACGCUGCACAAGCCCAACGUCGAGCUGGUCGGCACGCCCAUUGCCGCCGUGCGGCCGGGCGGCAUCGAGACGUCGGACGGCGUGCUGCGCGAGCACGACAUCAUCAUCUACGCGACGGGCUCGGACGUGUCGCACACGGGCCUCGGGCUCUCGCAGGGCGUAUACGGCGAGAACGGGGUCGAGCUGCGGCAGCUCUGGGACGAGCUGGGCGGCCCGCAGGCUUACGCCGCGGGCAUCGCGGUCCCCGGGUUCCCCAACUACUUUAUCGUCAUUGGCCCCAACGCAAUCUCGGGCAGCUGGGGCUUCACACUCGGCGUCAACUCGGCAGCCAUCGGCCGCAUCGUGCGCGAGAUCGUAGACUACGGCCUGUCGUCCCUCCAGCCCACGGUGGACGCGUUCAAGGCCCACAACGCCAGCGUGCAGGCCCAGCUUGCGACGUCCGCGCCGGCCAGCCAGCUGACGGCCAACUGGUGGCGCACAGAGGAUGGGCACGUCACGGUGCCGAAUCCUGAUGUUGGGUUGCAACUCUGGUGGCACCAGAGCUGGACCAAGUGGGCCGACUGGAAGGCCGUGCGCGCCGUCGAACGCGACGGCAAGACACGCCUCGAGCGCGUCGACGUCGCUGCCAAGCGCCGCAACACACGGCUGCUGCAGACAGCUGUCACGGGCGCGGUGCUCGGCGCAGCAUGGUACAACUGGCCUGCGCUGGUGCGCAUUGCCAAGGAGGACACGGGGUUCCUCAAGCACAUCGCACCGAACGACAUGGCCUUCAUGAGGAAGACGGACGCAAACAUCUGA